AUGCUGCGACGCUCUCCAAAGGCAUCUCUUUGUCUCCUCAUCCUCACCGGUCUGCUGGAGGUCCCAUCUGGGGGCAACGGGCUGCACAUUGAACCUGGAGACACCGAGCUUGUCCUCAGCCUCCACAGCACGUUCUCCCUCCUGUGCUAUGGGGAGGGCGCGCUGGUCUGGGAACGGGAGGGUCAGCCCCUCGCCGCCUCGCUGGAGCACAGGGAUGGUGUCUUCAUCAGCAAUCUCACCCUCAGCAACGUGACGGGCCGUCACACUGGGGAGUACGCAUGCACCUACAGCCCUGACCAGGCUCCAGAGCCAGUGGAGAGGAAAGCCCUGUACAUCUACAUUCCAGAUCCCUCCCUAGUAUUCCUCCCCACAAUCACCUCAGAAGAGGUCUUCAUCUUCAUCACGGGCUACACAGAAGCUGUCAUCCCAUGUCGCGUGACCAACCCACAGAUGCAGGUGACCCUCUAUGAGAAAAAGGUGGAGAUCCCCAUCCCAGCAGCUUAUGACCCACAACAGGGAUUCAAAGGCUUCUUUGAGGAUAAGACCUAUUUCUGCCGAGCAAUUGUGGGUGACCAGGAGGUGGAUUCAGACACCUUCUACGUCUACAGGAUCCAGGUCUCAUCUGUGAAUGUGUCCAUCAGCGCGGUGCAGACCAUAGUGCGUCAGGGAGAAAACAUUACCCUGAUGUGCACAGUGAGCGGCAAUGAGCUGGUCAACUUCAACUGGGAUUAUCCCCGCAAGCAGGCAGGGAAGGCUGUGGAGCCAGUGACCGACUUCCUGCCCGGAUCCACCCAUGAAAUCCGCUCCAUCCUCAUCAUCCAGAACGCGGAGCUGGAGGACAGCGGGACCUACAUCUGCAAUGUCUCCGAGGGCUACCAUGAGAAAACGGACCGGAAAGACAUCACAGUCCAUGUGAUCGAGCGUGGCUUUGUGCGCUUCCACACGCGCCUGCCCAGCACAGUGUACGCAGAGGUCCACAAAAGCCACACCAUCCAGGUGGAGGUGGAGGCCUACCCACAACCCAGCAUUGUGUGGCUGAAGAACAACAAGACGUUGACCAGCAGCGAGUUCACCAUCACCAGCAGGAACCUGUCAGAAACCAGGUACCAGACAGCUCUGGUGCUGGUGCGGGUAAAGCAGGAAGAAGGAGGAUUUUACACCAUCCGGGCUUCCAAUGAGGAUGAUGAGCAGGAGCUGUCCUUCCAUCUGCAGAUAAAUGUGCCAGCCAAAGUGGUGAAUCUCAAGGAGAACAGCAGUGCCAGCAGUGGGGAGCAGACCAUAACAUGCUCUGCUGAAGGCAUGCCCCAGCCAGAGAUCAGCUGGUCUACCUGCACUGACAUCAAAUGGUGCAGCACCAAGGGACAGCCCACCCGGCUCCUGGGGAAUGAGUCGGCAGAGAUCGGGCUGCAGACCAACGCCACGUACCACGCGGAGCUGCAGGUGUACCGGGUGAACAGCACCCUGCAGCUGCACAGAGUGGACGAGCCCUUGCUCCUGAGAUGCACCGUGAAAAACUUCCUGGGCACCAACUUCCAGGACAUCACUCUGGUCCCACACACCUUGCCAUUCAAGGUGGUCAUCAUCUCUGUCAUCCUGGCCUUGCUGGUCCUCACCGUUAUCUCCCUGAUCAUCCUGAUCGUCCUGUGGCAGAAGAAACCUCGUUAUGAAAUCCGCUGGAAGGUGAUCGAGUCAGUCAGCUCCGAUGGGCACGAGUACAUCUACGUGGAUCCCAUGCAGCUCCCAUACGACUCCAGCUGGGAGGUGCCCAGGGACAAGCUGGUGUUAGGACGCACUCUUGGCUCUGGUGCCUUCGGACGGGUGGUGGAGGCAACAGCCCAUGGCCUGAGCCACUCACAGUCCAGCAUGAAAGUGGCAGUCAAAAUGCUCAAGUCCACCGCCCGGAGCAGCGAGAAGCAAGCCCUUAUGUCUGAGCUGAAGAUCAUGAGCCACCUGGGACCUCACCUCAACAUUGUCAACUUGCUGGGGGCCUGCACCAAAGGAGGUCCCAUCUACAUCAUCACCGAAUACUGCCGCUAUGGGGACCUGGUGGACUACCUGCACCGCAACAAGCACACCUUUCUGCAGUCCUAUGGUGAGAAGGCUCGGCGAGAGGCAGAGCUCUACGGGAACACCGCCAAGGAGGACCACGUGCAGAGUCACCUCUCCUUGUCUGUUGAGAGCGAUGGGGGCUACAUGGACAUGAGCAAGGACGACUCCCUGGAUUACGUGCCCAUGUCUGACAUGAAGGGUGAAGUCAAGUAUGCUGACAUCGAGUCCUCUAACUAUGGCACCCCUUAUGAGCUGGACAGCUAUUCCCCAUCAGCUCCCGAAAGGACAGACCGGGUGACGCUGAUAAACGAGUCUCCACUCCUCAGCUACAUGGACUUGGUGGGCUUCAGCUUCCAGGUGGCCAAUGGGAUGGAGUUCCUGGCUUCCAAAAAUUGUGUGCAUCGUGACCUGGCUGCCAGGAACGUCCUCAUCUGUGAGGGGAAGCUGGUGAAGAUCUGUGACUUUGGCCUGGCAAGGGACAUCAUGAGGGAUUCCAAUUACAUCUCCAAAGGCAGCACCUUCUUGCCCCUUAAGUGGAUGGCUCCAGAGAGCAUCUUCAACAACCUCUACACCACCCUGAGCGAUGUGUGGUCCUUCGGGAUUCUCCUCUGGGAGAUAUUCACUCUAGGGGGGACUCCAUACCCGGAACUGCCUAUGAACGAACAGUUCUACAACGCCAUCAAACGUGGCUAUCGGAUGUCCAAACCCACCCAUGCCUCUGAUGAAAUCUACGAUAUCAUGCAGAAGUGCUGGGAGGAAAAGUUUGAGAUCAGACCAUCCUUCUCACAGCUGGUGGUGCUUAUGGGAAACCUUUUGGUGGAUUGCUACAGAAAGAGGUACCAGCAGGUGGAUGAAGAGUUCAUGAAGAGUGACCACCCCGCAGUUGUCCGCACAAGACCCGUAAUCCCCGGGCUGAACAACGCCAGGCUCGCUGCCAGCAGCAUCCUCUACACAGCCGUGCACCAGAACGGGGGCGAGAAUGAUUAUAUCAUCCCUCUUCCCGACCCUAAACCCGAGGCAAUCUGUGAUCUCCCUCAGGAGGCCUCCAUCAGCCGGGCCAGCUCGAUGCUCAACGAGGCCAACACAUCGUCUACAAUAUCCUGUGACAGCCCUCUGGGCCUCCGGCAGGACGAGGAGCAGGAAUCAGACACACAGCCCAGCUGCCAGGAGCCGGCCACGGGGCACCAAGAGGUGGAGGAGAGUUUCCUGUAG